AUGAGUGUGGAACAGAAGGAUAUAACAGAACAGUUUUUCGAGUGCUGUAAGCUGUGCCUCGAGCCCGGAGCAAUCGCCCAUGAAAAAAAUUUCCACUUACGUUAUGUAAUGUCUGCAAUCGAUAUUAUGAACCCAAGCAUGGAUGCCGGGAUGGCUAAGGAGAGAAGAAUCGUCUAUCUUUAUGAUGCAAUUGAGAGUGGAGAUCUUCCUCUUGGGUGUUUUUCCGAUCUGGAAAUCCUUCUGGGUGUUAUUGACGAGUUGAUUGUGCUACUUGUCAACUGGCUUACCGGCGAUUCUCUUGUUCAAACCGUUUACACUUGCAUGUAUAUGCACUGUAUUCCAAUCAUUGAGGAUUCUCGUCUAGCUCUUUUCUGUGAAGCAUUGCGCCGCAUAAUCCUGUCUUUUCGCCGCUUAUUGCUGACUCUGCCUUCCUUCGAAGAUGAAGACUUCUGUCCGACCACCAACGGUGUUCCAUUGAUGACUGACACAAAGUUCUCCUUUCCUGAUCAUAAUCCAGUCAACUCAUAUUACGAAAUUUCAAAUGAAAACUUAAUUGAGCUGCUACAGGAAGAAAGGAAAAAAUUAUCCGAACACAAAUCCGAACCGUCCAAAGUUGUAGACGCUUUAACUAUUCGAUUGAGGCUGGCGAUUUCCAUGUUGGAAUUAGGACAAAAAUUUGCGCCUUUCCUGUCUGUUCUUGGCGAAAACGAUUUGGAAGAGUCUUUUAAUAACGUCGAUAUACCUGGCUAUGGUGAGCCCGUAACUUUUGGCGAGAGUCCUUCACAAAGGCGGGUUACAAUUAGCGCUGAGUUGUUCGAUAGCGUCUGCCAAAGAAUUGAGGAGAUUUCCACCGAAAUUAUUGGGAUCUCUAAGCUCUUGGUUGAGUCGGCCAAUUGUGGGAAAGAUGCUGGACCUGGGAAGGAUAAUCCUCGAAGUGAGAAGUUCUCAAUUCCUGGCUUUGAGCCCUACCUAACACUUGCUAAUCUGACUGCGACUGUUCAGAGAUUUCCUCGGAGUCUCAGUAGAUCUUCUGUAUUCUUCUUUCUGGAAUGCGCGUUCUCUCGGAUAGUUAAAGUGCUUCAAGAAUUGAGGAGCCUUAUUGCUAAAAAUUCCAUUAAUGCUGUGUUACUGCAUGAAUUGUGCUCGCUUGCUCAUACUAUCGGACAUAAUCUUUGUCAUUCCCUUUUCAACAAAGCAGAGGCGCUGGAUUCGCUGAAGGUUGAGAAUGCCUGUUUGAAAUCCUGUGUUCUUUCUAGGGGUAUACUGGGGAUUCUUAUGGGAGUUAUUUUAAAGUGUCCACUCAAUGCAAACGAGCGGUUUUCGAAGGCCUUAGAUCUGUCGCCUCCGGGUAUGCACUUUGUGGUGUCAUGGAUGUCUGUUGAAUGCGACUGGACUCGCGAUUAUAUGCUCGAUAAUAUCGAAUACCUUGCUCCUUACGCCUCGUUCUUUGAGCAUGUCUUCAUGCAGAUUUACUCCAUAUGUCGAUGCUACACCUUAAAUCGCUCUCGCCAGCGAUCCAACAUGGAGCGUAUUUUCGGCAUACUCAACGAACUUCUUGACGACGCGGUUUCUGUGGAGACCACUUUCGCUCUGGAGCUUGUGGAGGCUCGCAUUGCGCCACGCAAUUCGCCCAUUCCCAUCCAUCUUACAUCCUACAUCUGUUUCUUCUACUACCAUCUGGUGUGGGAUUACCUGGUAACGGGCUUCCAGUUGGAUCUAUACUCCACCUAUGAAUGGGUCUAUGUCUACGCCCUCAUAAUUACUCUACAACGCAAUCUCUCCGUCUUUUUGGAUCACAUUAUGAAGGAACUGAUGGUGGAAAACAGCGGUCAAUCGAAUACGAGUGCUGCCUUUGCUGCGGUUAAGAAGCGGCGUCGUCGCCGUGGUGGUCGCGGCGACGGUGGUAGUACUGCCGGUAGUUUUAAGGAGACCGAAGUAAAAACACCUCUUUCACCCUCCAUCUCAUCUCUUAUUCAAAUGCCCAGCGUUGCUCAUUCGAACAUCCAUCGGUUCUUGAGUGUGGCGACGCUUUAUGCAAUGCGGGCGCUGCAGCGUGACGCUGGGAUAAACCUGAAGGCGAUGAACAGGCCUCCACCACGCAGCGCACUAGGUUCAUCUCUUGAAUCGCAUCGCAAAUUCUACUCCUCCCUCAAAAGCCAAUUCAUCCAUCGAAUGGGACCAGUAAUCUCCUCUCGCUUCUCCCCUCUGGUAGACAAUGAGGGGCCAGAGGGAUUUUUCCAAACCACGCAUAGUUACGUUACGAGCAAGACCUUUGUGGAGUCAGAGAUCAAGGAUCUCUACAAGAUGGCUGCUAAGGUCUAUGAAAUCGCGCGUCAGUGGAUCGCAGCUGCGAAAACCCUGAACCCGUCGACGAGCUACAUUGGACCGGUAGACCCUCUGGACCGGUUGGACCAUCUGGCGAACAACAACAAAGUUUUCUGUGACAUACUAGUUUCCAGACCGGAGAAGCGGCCAAAGCACAGCGAAUCAGAAGACUGCCCCCGAAAGAACUGCUUUCAUCCUGUGCAUUUAAAUUACGAUUACCUAUCCAGCCGUGUCUACCCUUUGCUCCGUUUUGUCUAG